ACGUUACGUGCCACGCCCCCUGCCUCUCUCCGCCUGCCGUUUCCCCCUCAGUUCAUGUCGCGCAAAAGAAAGAGAAAAAAAAAAAAGGAAAGAAGCGAGAGAAGCGAGAGGCGGGAACUCGGCGUACUCCCUCCCACACACCGUGCCUUACACCAUGGAGCCCUAACGGACUGACUGGCCGCUCUCUGAGGGGUUCUGUGCGGAGCGAGGGGGCGGGACUGACUACGAAACCCCCGUGUGUCUGGAACUUUAUUCUCCCCUCACACUUCGCUGUUGAAGCCGCAGACAUGUUCUCCGGGGCCGGGCCGGUGCUCGUUCCACCAACCCCAGCACCUCCUCUCCCAAUGCCAGCAUUUACCUUCAAGCCACCGCCACGGCCAGAUUUUGGUACCUCAGGGAGGACCAUCAAGCUCCAGGCAAACUUUUUUGAAAUGGACAUUCCCAAAAUUGAGAUAUAUCACUAUGACAUUGAUAUAAAACCAGAGAAAUGCCCCAGACGAGUAAACAGGGAAAUAGUUGAACAUAUGGUCCAGCACUUUAAAGCUCAAAUCUUUGGGGAUCGAAAACCAGUGUUUGAUGGAAGAAAAAACCUUUAUACUGCAAUGCCUCUUCCAAUUGCAAGAGAUAAACAGGUGGAGUUAGAAGUCACACUACCCGGGGAAGGCAAAGAUCGCAUCUUCAAAGUUGCAAUCAAGUGGAUGGCAUGUGUAAGCUUGCAAGCCCUACAUGAUGCGCUGGCUGGUCGUCAUCCCAAUGUCCCUUUUGAGACAAUUCAGGCUUUAGAUGUUGUGAUGAGACAUUUACCUUCUAUGAGGUACACACCUGUGGGGCGCUCGUUUUUUACUGCAUCUGAAGGCUGCGCCAAUCCUCUUGGGGGUGGUAGAGAAGUUUGGUUUGGCUUCCAUCAGUCUGUACGACCUUCCCUCUGGAAAAUGAUGCUCAAUAUUGAUGUGUCUGCGACGGCAUUUUACAAAGCACAACCAGUGAUUGAGUUUAUGUGUGAAGUUCUGGAUUUUAAGAGCAUCGAAGAGCAACAGAAACCUCUUACCGAUUCCCAAAGGGUUAAAUUUACCAAAGAAAUUAAAGGUUUAAAAGUUGAAAUAACUCACUGUGGACAAAUGAAACGGAAAUACAGAGUCUGCAAUGUAACAAGGCGACCAGCGAGUCAUCAAACAUUCCCUCUUCAGCAGGAGAGUGGACAGACAGUAGAGUGCACAGUCGCACAGUACUUUAAGGACAGACACAAACUAGUUCUGCGCUACCCUCAUUUACCUUGUUUACAGGUUGGACAGGAGCAGAAACACACGUACCUCCCUCUUGAGGUAUGCAAUAUAGUGGCAGGUCAAAGGUGCAUAAAGAAACUUACGGACAAUCAGACUUCCACUAUGAUACGGGCAACUGCUCGAUCUGCUCCAGAUCGCCAGGAAGAGAUCAGUAAAUUAAUGCGAAGUGCAAGUUUUAAUACUGAUCCCUUUGUGCGAGAGUUUGGUAUAAUGGUGAAAGAUGACAUGACCGAUGUCACAGGCAGAGUCCUUCAACCUCCUUCAAUCCUUUAUGGAGGCAGGGUAUGGGAAGAGCCAAAUGCUCCCUUGAAUAAAGCAAUUGCUACGCCUGUCCAGGGUGUCUGGGAUAUGAGAAACAAACAGUUCCACACCGGCAUUGAAAUAAAGGUGUGGGCCAUCGCCUGCUUUGCCCCACAGCGGCAGUGUACUGAAGUUCACCUCAAGACUUUUACAGAACAACUGAGGAAGAUCUCUCGUGAUGCUGGGAUGCCUAUCCAGGGGCAGCCAUGUUUCUGCAAAUAUGCCCAGGGAGCAGAUAGUGUUGAGCCAAUGUUCAGGCAUCUGAAGAAUACCUACACAGGGCUACAACUAGUCGUUGUAAUACUUCCCGGGAAAACCCCUGUCUAUGCGGAAGUGAAACGUGUUGGGGACACUGUUCUGGGAAUGGCUACUCAGUGUGUUCAGAUGAAAAAUGUGCAGAGAACCACACCACAGACCCUGUCUAACCUGUGCUUAAAAAUCAAUGUAAAAUUAGGAGGAGUCAAUAAUAUCUUGUUGCCCCAGGGCAGACCUCCUGUCUUUCAACAGCCUGUCAUUUUCCUUGGAGCUGAUGUUACCCACCCACCAGCAGGGGACGGUAAAAAACCUUCAAUUGCUGCGGUUGUAGGUAGUAUGGAUGCACACCCCAACCGAUACUGUGCCACUGUGCGGGUGCAGCAGCACAGACAAGAAAUCAUCCAGGAUCUGUCUGCCAUGGUUCGAGAGCUGCUUAUCCAGUUCUACAAGUCCACUCGCUUCAAGCCCACAAGGAUCAUCUUUUACAGAGACGGUGUCUCAGAAGGACAGUUCCAACAGGUUCUCCAUCAUGAGCUUCUGGCCAUUAGGGAAGCCUGUAUUAAACUGGAGAAGGAUUACCAGCCAGGAAUUACAUUUAUUGUAGUGCAGAAAAGACAUCACACACGGCUGUUCUGUACAGACCGAAACGAGCGGGUAGGGAAAAGUGGAAAUAUACCAGCUGGUACCACAGUUGACACAAAGAUCACUCACCCUUCAGAGUUUGAUUUUUACCUGUGCAGUCACGCUGGUAUUCAGGGAACAAGCAGGCCGUCACACUAUCAUGUCCUGUGGGAUGACAAUCGUUUUUCAUCUGAUGAACUGCAGAUCCUCACUUACCAGCUCUGCCACACUUAUGUUCGUUGCACUCGUUCUGUAUCAAUACCUGCCCCAGCGUAUUAUGCUCACCUGGUGGCAUUCAGAGCAAGGUAUCAUUUGGUGGAUAAAGAGCAUGACAGUGCUGAAGGUAGCCAUACAUCCGGUCAGAGUAACGGGAGAGAUCAGCAAGCACUUGCUAAGGCAGUCCAGGUGCAUCAGGACACACUGUGUACAAUGUACUUUGCAUAACAGCCGCUGUUAUCCAGUGAUUUAAUAGCACUCCUGGAAAAGGAUUCACACAGACCAGCUGCACUUAGUUGUUUGUAAAGUAGUCCAUACUACGGUGACUCCCAGCAAAAAGUGCAAUCUACCGGUAACCCUGUUGUCUCCCUUACUAUCCAACCAGCCUUCCGUCCCAACCUCUUGUCACAUUUUGUUUCCAUUCACAACGCAGACCUGUCACAAUUAAUGUAGCUUGGAGUGUGCUUCGUAUGGGAAUGUUUACAGCGGUGCAGAGAGAGAGAAAAACACACAUAUACCCAUGUAGAAAAACUGAACACGUAACCUCAGGGCUUUAGACUUUCGCUAUGGAAUAUUGUUUCUGUAUUAUCCCUGUUCAGUUGCUGAAUUUAAUGUGAUGGUUGCUGUCAGUUGGGUUGGUUAAAAAGAAGCCUAAAAGGAGCUUUAAAAGAAGAAAAGGCAUCGGCAGAACAUUUGAAGCCUUAAAUAUUGAUAUUUUUAAUUAGCAAAUGAUUUAGCUUUUUAUGUGUCAAAUGUUCUGGUACAUAACUUUAUGUAUUUUUUUAGUCCGAUUAGUUUUUAACGUAAUCAUGGCAACAAAGGAUUCGUGCACUCGUAUCUCCAUCUCAUGCUUCUACAUAUAAUAUUAUCUUGUGCCAUUCAGAACACCCUCCAUAGAAAGUCUAGUUUAUUGUCUAAACUCUAACCUUUCCAAAGUUGCUUACCAAUACGGGUCUGUGGCAAUCAGUACAAUCAUGUUAAGCUAAUGUAAAAAAAAAAAUCUAUUUACCAGUAUUAAUAUGACAUGCUAUUUAUUUUAUUUACAAAAAAAAUCAUCAUUUUUAACUUUAUUUUUUUUUUAAUAGUUAACUCUUUUUAUUUUUAACUUUAUUUUUUAAAUAGCAACAUAUCUAUUCUGUGCAUGGGUUAAAUAACCUGACCUGUUUAACCUUUCGUUGACAAUGUGACCUGUGGUACAUGGAUUUGUUCUUACAGGCUCCACCGACAGUGAAUGGAUUAAAAAACUAAUUUUAACUGUUUUGUUGCUAGAGGUACUCAUCACACAUUG